AUGGGAUUAUUAAAAAUACUAAAAAAAACUAAAGAAAAAGAAAAGGAAAUGCGAUUAUUAAUAUUGGGUUUAGACAAUGCCGGUAAAACAACGAUUUUAAAAAAAUUUAACGGCGAAGAUAUAGAUAAAAUAUCCCCUACACUAGGUUUUAACAUAAAAACUUUAUAAUACGAAGCUUAUAAAUUAAAUGUAUGGGAUGUAGGUGGUUAGACUACAAUAAGGUCCUACUGGAGGAAUUAUUUUGAAUAAACAGAUGGUUUAAUAUGGGUUGUUGACAGUUCAGAUAAAAUGAGAUUAUAAGAUUAUAUAGCUGGAUCUUUAACAUGUGAAGAAAUAAAAGAAUAUCUAGCUUUAGAUAAUAUAUCAACAAGACAUUGGGGAAUCAUACCUUGUUCGGCAGUUACUGGAGAUGGACUAUUAGAAGGAGUUGAUUGGAUUGUUAUGGAUAUUGCAUCAAGAAUUUUUAUGAUGAAUUGA